ACUUGUAGAUAAUCGAGUCCUCUCUCCUCACUGCAUGCCUCCACCCUGAACUUUCCCCCUUGCAUGAGCUUCUGAAGAGUUCCUACACAAACUUCCCAUUCUACCCCUCUGUUGUUUGUCCUCGGAAUACUCUUCUCACAUCCUGUAAAAACUCUUCCUCUUCCUAACUCUCCACAAAGAGCUAUCGUCCUCCUCUUCUUCUUCUUCCAAGUCUUCGUUAUAGAGUUUUAAGCUCUAGGUGAGGUUUUAGAGUGAUUAGAAGGAUGAAGUACCAGACGGCGGCAGCAGAGGCGGGGACGUGGGGGUAUGUUACGGCGGCGCGGAGGGCAACGAUGGAGGAGGUGGAGCGGCUGGCGGCGGAGAGCGCGGUGGUGAUCUUCAGCGUGAGCACGUGCUGCAUGUGCCACGCCGUGAAGCGGCUCUUUUGGGGGAUGGGGGUGAGCGCCGCGGUGGUGGAGCUGGACGAGGACCCGCGGGCGGAGGAGAUAGAUCGCGCUCUCGCCCGACUCCUAGGCAGCCGGCCCGCGGGAGGCACCCCUGUCCCCGUGGUAUUCAUCGGCGGGAAACUGGUGGGAGCCAUGGAUCGGGUCAUGGCCGCCCACAUCAACGGCACCCUCGUCCCCCUCCUCAAAGAAGCUGGCGCUCUCUGGCUCUGAAACGACCACGUUGAAAACCAGUCCAUGCAAGAAGCAUAACCAAGUGCAUAGUGUCUUCCUCUUAUAAUGCAACCACGAAUAAAGGAAACG